AUGUUCACACAGUUUUUAAACGUUCCAGGCACCCCCGCCACUGAAGGUUUCAAGGUUUUGCUUCGGCAAUGCUUCUCCAAGAGUCAAACCCCCGAUCCCACCAACCAGAAAAUGUUCCAGAAAUUCAAAACCGUGGGCCUGCAACGUUGCUGCGACUGGCAAAUGCUGCAUACUCAUGCGACUUACCACGAUUCCUCCACGCCUCCUCUGCGACCUUCCACUUGCGUCCUGAAGCUGCGGGAAACACUCGGGGCCCGACUGGCCACCAUUGGCCUGGAACCACAGCGAAGUGCACUUUUUGGCGGGCUUUGCGCCAAUCAACAACCCUCACCAGGCGGGUCCCACGUGAGGUGUUGA